AUGGAGCCUGCCUGGCACCUGCGACCCACACUUCUUGGAACCACCACACAGCUUCCUCAGCCGGUGCUGUCGCUUCUUCCCCAGGCCCUCUUCUUGCAGGGCCUCGCCUUCUUAGGUGGCAUUAUCGAGUCCUCUGGCUUCAUUGCUGACUGGCCUGCCACGUGGCUCCAGUGCUCUUCUCUACAGCGCAGGGUCCACUUUGCCCCAUCCCUGGGCCCCGGCCCCUGCAUGUGGGCCACCCUGUCCUGCCCCCACCUGCCAUGGGCCUCACUGUGCCUGAGCCUGGCCGUCCUGAACCUCCUUGAGCUGGCGCACCCAGCCCCCGUCUCCUGCGUCCGUUCCCCGUGCUCGCUUUCCCUCCACCACAGUCACCACCCCUCCUUCAGUCCCCCUCCAGGUCACCUCCUGGCUGUGGAGGUGGAGCUGCCGCAGCCUGGCUUGUCUUCUCCUGGAGCCGUGCAGUCCUCGAUGGCAGGGACUGUGCAUGGCAGCCGGGACUGCUUGCCACUGGCAGCGUUGCCCUGGAGGCAGCAGCUGGCAUGGAAGCCAGGCUACAUGAGAAGUGUGUCUGGGCCCAGGAUCGGGCUCCUCUCCCCAGCUGCGGGCAUGCCGCUCUGGGUCCCAGGAGGGGUGUGCGGAGAGGAGGCCCACUGCUCCGAGUCCCAGGCCCGCUGGUUCAGCCUUGACCCGGGAGGCCAGUGGCAAGGCCCCUCGGUGGGGAGCCCGGUCUCCAGGAGCACAACGGCCUCUGCUGUGAUCCCUGCGAGAAGAACCACCCCACGCUUUGGGGUUCAGCUCAGAGCUGGCACCAGACUGCCCGAUGUGCUGACUGGGCUGCGUGGCUGCAGGGAUGUAGGGCGUCAGGAGGAGUUUUCUCCCAUGGACAGUCCUGAGGCCCCUCCUGACUCCCAGGAUGCCGUUGCCUCAAGCUUCGGCUUCAUGCAGCUCUCACUUGGUCCUGCUGGGCAACGUGGAGAAGCAGAAGGCUGCCCACCCCCCAGAGAGGUCAAGCCCCCCCUCCAGAACCCCCUGGUGACAGGACCGGAAGCUGCCAGCUUGAACAGGCCCCCAGGGAGCAGCUCCAGGCCAGAGCGCGAGAUCUUGAUACUGGACAUGGACACAGGCUCCUACCGCUCCCCAGAUCCCUCGUUGACUGGGUCCAGUUGUGACCCGGGUGGCAUCGGGGAUGCCCACUGUUGGGACACCCUGCUCAGGAUGUGGGAGCCUGUGCUUCGAGACUGCCUGCUGAGCAACUGGAGGCAGGUGGAGGUCACAUCCUUGAGAUUAAGGCUUCAGAAACUUCAAGAAGCAGCAGUCGAAAAUGAGAAUUAUGGUAAAGGUGAGUUUUAG